AUGUCAAUUCCAAAAUCCUCCUCACCAGCCAACUUUAACAUAAAUAAUGAUAACACUCGAGAAGAAACUACUCCAAGAAACACUUUAAAUAAUAUUUAUAACUACAACUACUCUCCGCCACCUUCUGAUGAACUAAGACAACAACAACAAGCAUUGCAAAUCAACAACACGCCAGAAUAUAUUAUUAGUAGCCCACAACUAUUCCUGUCGAUUAAACAUAUAAGUCCACCUGGUACAAAUUCACCAUCUUACUCACCCGUCUCAAAUUCAUCCUACUCUCCUUACUACUUCCAUCACUCAACUACAACAUCCACAUCACCAUUUCCCAUUCGUUGUCAAUGUCUUCUUUGUGUAGAAGCUAGUACCAGUGGUGGUGAUGAUAGUAAUCGUAGUAGUAAUUAUUGUCAAACUGAGGAGAAGGAGAAAAUUUCAAGUUCACUAUAUAAAUCACAAGAAAGUACACUACUAGUUUAUCAUCACCAUGAUAUUAAUGACAGAUCAUCAUCAUUGGGAGCUUUCUCACCUAUAAAUAUGGGAGGAAUUAAUGAGGGUGAAUGUGAUAUAAUGUUAAAAUCACCAUCAAAACGAUUAAGAUUUUCUAAUUAG